CAUGGGCACCCCUGAUUCUGCAGCUUGCUUUGUUCACCAUAUACUCCUUACUCAGAGGAUAAACCAAGGACCCGCCACGUGGCAAAAGUUCAACCUCUGCAAAAAACAACAGACCUGUCAGUUGGGCAUAGCGAAGCAAGCUAGACAGAGCAUCCAUGGCGUCUCUGUCCUUCUUCCCCACUGCAAGAGCUGCACUCAUCCACGCACAGCAGCAUAACCCCAAGAACUUCCUCUUCCCUGGCCCCAUCAGGCCGCCCAAUAGCUUCCACCCCCUCAGCUUGAAAUGCAACGUCUUCCCCGGCGGCAUUGGCAUAUCGGACAUUCUCGACGGGGAGUCGGUGUCACAUCUCCCCGUCAUCCAGACCGGGCUCGCCCAAUUCCAGAGGCUCACAGAGGACCUGCCGGACGUCCAGAGAUGGGGGUUCCUCGUGGUCGGAGGGCUGACGUGGGUCUACCUGACAGCAAGGCCUGGGGUGCUGGUCGGGGCGAUCGACGCGUAUGUCUUUGCGCCACUGCAGGUGGUCCUAGAUAGCCUGACCGGGCGGAGGAGCUUGAAGAGGAGCGAUUUCCUGAUCGGGGACCGGCUUGGAGAAGGGUCCUUCGGGGUGGUGUACUCUGGGGUCAUUGUGCCGAAGAACGUGAGGCCCGAGGAGAAGGUGCAGAUGCGGCCUUCGGGACGAGGAGGGAGGAAGAAGGGCAUUGAGUUUGAUGAGAGGUUCAAGCAGAAGGUCAUAUUGAAGAAGGUGAAGGUCGGAGUCCAAGGUGCGGAAGAAUGUGGAGAUUUUGAGGAGUGGUUCAAUUACCGGCUUUCAAGGGCAGCACCUGAGACCUGUGCUGAGUUUCUUGGAAGUUUUGUUGCUGACAUGACAAACUCGCAGUUCACCAAGGGCGGGAAGUGGCUUGUUUGGAAAUAUGAGGGAGAUCUGGACCUUGCUGAUUACAUGAAAGACCGCAAUUUCCCAUUAAACUUAGAGUCGAUCAUGUUUGGACGAGUCCUGCAAGGAGUGGACUCGGUUGAGCGGAAUGCACUGAUCAUCAAGCAGAUUAUGCGUCAGAUCAUCACUUCCCUUAAGAAGAUCCAUGCCACAGGAAUUGUUCAUCGGGAUGUGAAGCCUGCCAAUUUGGUCGUCACAAAGAAGGGGCAAAUUAAGCUCAUUGACUUCGGGGCAGCCACAGAUCUCCGAAUCGGGAAAAACUAUAUUCCAAAUCGUACUUUGCUUGAUCCCGACUAUUGCCCGCCCGAACUGUACGUGCUUCCGGAAGAGACACCUAGCCCGCCUCCUGAGCCAAUAGCGGCAUUUCUUUCUCCUAUUCUGUGGCAGCUAAACAGUCCCGAUCUGUUCGACAUGUAUUCGGCGGGGAUAGUCUUGCUCCAAAUGGCAAUCCCAACUUUGCGUUCCACGGCAGGCUUAAAGAACUUCAACACCGAGAUAAGAUUGGCCGGAUACGACCUGGACGAGUGGAGAAAGUCCACUAGACUGAGACCUGACCUAACAAUUCUCGAGCUCGAUUCUGGCAGGGGAUGGGAUUUGGCAACUAAGCUUAUCUCCGAGAGGGGUUUCCUGAGAAGGGGAAGAUUAUCGGCUGCUGCUGCACUUAGGCACCCGUAUUUUCUACUGGGUGGCGAUCAGGCAGCUGCAGUGCUCUCAAAGUUGAGCUUCACAAAAUAAGAUGCUGCUCGUGAUUGCGAGUAAAUAUCUUUCUUUUUUGGCCAUUGCUUGAACAUUCAAUUUUUUGGUAAAAAUCGGAGAACCCGACUCAUGAGUAAAAAAUCGGAGAACUCCAACUCAUAAUGUACAGAAUGUGGCCACGCAGGAUCAGUGAAUACCUCGAUAAUGCAUCGGAGAAUUCUGUGUC